GCACACGAAACGCAAGAAUCCCAGGUUCUUACCGAGACGGCGUGCAAAUCGCCCAAAGACAACUUUCAAUGGACCGAUGUUCGAUCGACAUUGGAGUUAAAACGCCCCCGGAAGUUUCUGACCCAUCCGCCGUCCGUUUAUAAGACCGAUUACGUCGUUCCUUCUCCUUCUGCGCAGUACAUGGAAUAUAGGAAGGACACGAACGGCCCUGCUAAGCCAACAGGUUCAACACCUGCUACUGGGUCUGCCCAGACCCCCCACGAAGCAUCGAAUGAGCGUAAGCUGUAGUAUGUCCGUCUUCUACUUUCUUACUGACAUGUGCGAGGUAGUAAGACCCUCGUCGCAAUUGAGCAGAGGAGUCAAGCGCAAGCGAGGCGGCAACAAUGAAGAUCGGACUGAAGAGGACGAGCCGACGAAACCCCCUCCUAUCGUCCAGAACGGCCUCUAUGUUGCAGAGAUGUUCGCGGCUCACAUCGCGCGGCAACACGUCAUCUCCUUUAUAGUGAACAACGACUGUAUUUACGUCUGGUUUUGUGACCGCGAAACCACGAUCCAAGGCGCCGCUAUCAACUUCGUUCAGGACCUUCCACGCUGGUUGGUCUUGCUUCUCAUCAUGCAGCGCAUGGGAUACGAUCAGUGGGGCCUUAACCGGGUGUUUGAGCCUGAGCCCGGAUUUUCGGGCAAGGUGAUGGUUGAGGAUACCCAGAUCGACCUUGAGUUGGAUGUGAAGUCUAAGGAGCGCGUGACUCAUUUCGGUAUACGUGGACGUGCAACUACCGUAUUUCCGGUAAAGAGCAAGGCACUAUCAGAUCGGCAGCGGGAUCCUUGUUUUCCCAACGAAUCUUCUGAACUGGUGGCCAAGCUCUAUUGGCCAGAAGAGACGCGUCAGAGCGAGCCAGACAUCCUCAACGAGGUCUACAGGAUUGCACAGACAGAUCCGGAUGUGCGAGGCCACAUCCCAGAGCUGGUCUGGUUCCACAAGUUUGAAGAAACAUCCACGUCCAAAAUCAGAGUCGCACUAGGCCUGAAGGACGCAGACCGGGCCGAACAGGGCAGCCGCGUCCUGUACAUCAUUGUGUUCAGAAAGCUUAUCCCAAUCACGACGCUUUCUGGCGAGGAGUUCAUUGCCGCAUGGUGGCAAGUUGUGAAGUGCCAUCGCGCCCUCUGGAAGGGAGGCGUGCUUCAUCGGGACGUCAGCCCUAGCAAUCUCAUGGUGUACCGCUUACGCGGUCAAUUCAUGGCUGUUCUCAACGACUACGACUUAUCGUCGUUUAAACGCGAUGGUCCCAGGGGCCUCGAGCGCACCGGAACGGUACCAUUCAUGGCGGUAGACCUUCUCUCGCCAGACGCCAUGGCAGGCAAGGUCGAGCAUGUGUAUGCGCAUGAUGCUGAAUCGUUGAUCUGGGUCCUCACCUGGGUCUGUCUUCGGUAUGAAGAGGGCAAACUCCUCAGCAAAAAUAGACCACUAGAAGACUGGCUGAAAGUGGAUGCUUGCACAUGCGCAGAAAAAAAGGGCAACUUUGGCUUUACGGGGAUCAGAAGCGUGCGUCCAUCCACAUCACACGCAGAUUCCUGGGACCUUGUAAGGAGGUGCUUUUCGGCGGUCCAGUCACUUUAUACUGCAUUCGAGUACCGCAAACUGACCGAUGAAUCAGCUUUUCAGUUGUUGCUUGAGGGGCCCAUGCUAGAGCAUCACAGUCAUAAGCGUACUUAGAGUUGAGGCAGCGUGCCUCCCUUACAAAUCGCUUUGUAGAAUAAACGGUCACAGGCGAGAAGCGGUCUUGGGUACCACUAUGACUUUGUAAUGAAUAGAAUACGACAAUCAUGGAGGCU